CUCUUCUCGACCGCGCCGGGAACUCUUCACUGCUCUCGACGCGCCUUGUCCUUGGUCGAGCAUCGCGCAUGUCGUCCUUAGUAUCUCGCAGUGUGUGCAACACGUAAAGGCCAAACUCAGAAUGCCGGCACAACGACCUCGCGCAGCCUUCGAGCCGAUUGCGCCCGACUUCGACAUCAACGGCCUGAUAGAGUCAACACCCAACUUUUCCUUCGUCGAUCGCAUCUCGGUCGACCAGAUCGAUGAGCAAGGCGUAGCCGCCUUCGAGAAGCUUGUACUCCUGCAUGUCAUCGCCGGCGGCAAGCCCCUCGUCGUCGACGGCUUCGAGAACCGCCUGGACCCAUGGACCUUUUCUUCGAAAUGGCUGAACGACAACGUCGGCUCCAAGAUUGAGCAAUCGAAGAACUUGUCCACGAAAAAGUCACUACCCCUCACCAUCGGCCAUUAUCUUAGAAACAUGAACAAGCUGAGCAAUCAGUUCUUCGAAAACGCUCGCAACUACAAGGACAAGUCUCGUCAAAGAAUCUACCUCAAGGACAUUGACUGCCCCCAAGUUUGGCACGACAAGCUUCAAGACCACAUCCCGCCCUUCCUCUUCUACCUCAAUGAGAGCACCGGAGAUAUCGGCGGCCCCGGCGCCAACCCCUACACUCUCGGUCCUGGCAGACGUCCCGCCCGCGGAAUUGCGAGAGCCGGCGACUUGAUGAGCUCUCUUCCCCCAGAGAUGCGCGCCGAGAAUCUCAUGUGCUACAUUGGUCACGAAGGUACAUACACUCCUUCGCACAGGGAGAUGUGUGCGACCAUGGGACACAACAUCAUGGUGGAGGCCUCAAAAGAAGUCGGCGAGGAUGGCAAGCCAGAAAGACCUGGUUCCUCUGUCUGGUUCAUGACCGAAUCCAAGGAUCGCAACCUCGUCUCCGAAUAUUGGCUGUCAACCCUUGGUCACGACAUCGAGGUCGAGAACCACUUUGCUCAAAUUUCGGCCUGGAAAAGAGCCCCGUUCAACGUCUAUGUUGUCGAACAACGACCAGGCGACUUUAUCUUAAUCCCCCCGCUCGCCCCUCAUCAGGUCUGGAACAGAGGCACGCGAACAAUGAAAGUCGCGUGGAACAGGACUACCAUCGAAACCUUGGACAUGGCUAUCCAUGAAGCCCUUCCAAAAGCAAAGAUCGUCUGUCGAGAUGAACAAUACAAGACCAAGGCCAUCAUAUACUACACGCUGAUGCUAUACUCUAACAGACUCGCAUUGGCCAGAUCUCAGUCUGAUAAGCUUCCCGCUGAUUCUGCUCGUCAAUUGAUGGGCAGUCCCAAAAUCAAGCAUCUCGUCAAGGAUUUCAGACGUCUCCUCGGAUUGUUCCUGGACGUUCUUGUCUCGGAAAUGUUCAAUCCAGACGGCCCUCAAGAAAAGUGUGAAUUUCUGCCUUUUGACAGCAACGUCACAUGCGCGUAUUGCCGAUGCAACAUCUUCAACCGCUUCUUGACGUGCUCAAAUUGCAAGGACCAACUUGGUCAUGAGGAGGAGGAGCCCUACGAUGUAUGCAUGGAUUGCUACGCAAUGGGUAGGUCUUGCGGGUGUAUCUCGAACCUUAAGUGGACCGAGCAGUUCAAAUGGAGAGAGCUUAGUGGCAAAUACGACUCCUGGAGAAAACAACUUAUUGAUCUAGACGGCGGUAAUGCAGCAAAGGUUCCCACAACGCUAGUGGAAGCUCGAAGGAGCCUCCCUCACAAGACACUCGCCGAGGUGUGUAGAGAACAGCUCAAGCGUCGCCCCUUCACCGACAUUGCCAAGCCGAAGCAGGAGGAUGAGCAGAGUGAGGAAGAUAUCAUUGUCGACGAUGAAGGUCGCGUCAAGAAGACAGUCAAGAAGAAGCCCAAAGCAUGGUACAAGACGCACAGUCCAUGCCAUGUGUGCUGCAAGAGACAUCCCAAUUGGAAGUCUGCGAAGUGCACCACUUGCGACAAAUGGUGGUGCUACGGUUCUCUGUUCAGAGGCGCCGACCUCAUGCCGCUUACCAUUAUGCAAGACCCUAACUGGUCGUGCCCGCAUUGUCAGGAGGCGUGUUUUGCAGGAGCUUGCAGAAAGGACCCCAAACAGCACCCCUAUGAGCCUAAAGGUACUCUUUUGGGCCAUGAUACCAAGAGAGUGGCUGAUGCCAGAAGUGUUGAAUGUCUUGUAGACUUUUCGGUUUCCAACCUCACUUGGUUGAGAGACGAUGAUGAGGAUGUUCAAGAGAGCGUCCGCAUUAGGAGAGCUCGUGAAGAAGCCAAAAAGGCGAAAGAGGCAGACCCCAUGGACGAAGACGACGAAGAAGAGCCUGACAUGGACCAAAGUCACGUUCGCUUCGAUUACUCGCCAGAUGACUCUAUGAUUGAUCCUCAGCUCAUGGACAACACUACGCAAAACUCUCGAUCGAAAGGGAAGGCCAGAGCAUCUCUCUUGCCACCGCCGGAGGCGAUGCUCAAGGGCGCCAGACCGAGUACCUCGUCCCAUUCGCAAGGAAAUGGUCACGUCUCAGGUGAUGCACCAGAGGGCUACGCUCCUGCUAUCACCAGUGGGUUUAUUGCGCCACAAGCUUCAAUGUACCCGGAUAUCGAAGAGGACAGUUAUGCUUACCCCGACCCACGUGGUGAAGAAGACGAGGAAGAAGGAUAUCUACCUAUUUCGUCGUUGCUUUCAGGGCCCACGCGUCGUAACAAACGCAUCCAAGAGGAGUACGAAGAUGACGAUGAAAUCAACAUGGAAGGAUCUCGAACAAAGAGGCGUCGGGUCUCAGAAGAUCCUACUUCUACGUUCAACAAACCCAGAAAUGAGGCCACUAAACAGUUCGAAAAGGAGAAAGAGCGAAAGGCCCUGGAUGAGGCUAAAAAGGCUGGAAGAUUCAUCGCCGCACAAGCUGCUUUGCGCGGCAAGAAACGUGUUGUCAGGCUUCCCAUUUCCGGACCGCGUCUUGCACAAUUGCUUGCACAAGAAGCUGCGAAGGCUUUCCGACCAGUUUCGGAAACCCCUGAAGUUGAUCAAGAAGUGCCUCCAGAGAACGUCCUCGUGAGAUCGGACAUUGCUCCCAAGGAGAAGGCCAAGAAAAAGGCGCCACUGCAUCCCAGCAAGAUGAAAAUCAGGGUUGAGCGUGAUGAGGAUUUCAGCAUGCGAAGCGAACGAACAGACAGACGUAAACGCACUACCAACGCAGACUACGAAGAAGUCGACGUGGAAUCAGACUUCAACUCGGGGGAGAGCGAUGAUGGUGGGUACAGAGGCCGUCGACAGGAGAAUGGAAAGCGCAGGAUCUCGUCCUACAUUCAGAAGAAACACAUCGAUGAUGGAGAUCUUCCUGACGAACUACCCGAGAAUUACAAGGACUCCAGGAGUAGAAUGGAGGGCAAGAUGCCAGUAGUGCGACCAAGACCUGGACCUGCAGCACGCGCACGAGUGGUACCGCCCGUUCCUCCGAAAGAGCUGCCUCAGCUGGACGGUGCAGCCGGUUACGAUGACGAUGACGCUUCAGACUUUGACGAUGAAAUCCCUGAUGAGCAACCCACUUUUGAAGAGGAGAACAGAAGGGCAAAGCUAGAAGCACUCCGGAUGGUCGAGGAAGAAUCAGCGCGUGCACCACCACCACCAAUGCACCGUUCGAUCUUCGACAAAGGCAACGGAAAGAAGAUCAGAAUUGUCUCAAAGUCCACAGGCACAUCUUCACCAUCACUGGGGAAGAAAUGAGAGUGGAGCCGUCUUGAGCCACUAGAUGAAAGCCUAUCACAAGGAGCCUGUAGUCUUGUAGAUGGAUAAAUUCGAUUAGCUGUGUAUACUGUAGUUAGGGAACCACCAUCACAAAUCAUUGAUCCUAUCC